UGCUUGCGUACACGCGACACCGGAUUCCGGCGGCAACAAAUCAGUGAAUUUCGUGCACGAAUCUCGACACAAUGUCGGCCUGUGGCGAAAUAAUAGACGACAUCGAGGACCUGAUCCAGUCCCAGGACAUCACACCGAAGGAGCGGUACGCCAACAAGACCAACGUGACGAUCCGGGCCAAGCGGGUGAGCAAGGCGAUUGAGGCGCAACAGAACGAGAAGCUCGAGACGGCGGAGAAACCGAUUCUGGAGAGUGUAAUUCCGGGGACGCAACGGAUCUACAUGAAGACAUGGGGCUGUGCGCACAACAGCUCGGACAGCGAGUACAUGGCCGGUCAGUUGGCCUCGUAUGGGUACAACAUUACGACGGAUAAGACGGACGCGAAUCUAUGGCUGCUGAACAGUUGCACCGUGAAGAAUCCUUCGGAGGACACGUUCCGCAACGAGAUAUUGGCGGCGGAGAAAAUGGGAAAACAUGUCGUGUUGGCGGGUUGUGUUCCGCAGGCCGCUCCAAAGUCGGAAUACAUGCACGGUUUGAGCAUCGUUGGCGUUCAGCAGCUGGAUCGCGUGACCGAGGUUGUUGAGGAAACCCUCAAGGGGCACUCGGUGCGGUUGCUGCAGCCGAAGAAGGUUAACGGGAAGAAGGUGGCUGGACCUAACUUGGCGCUGCCCAAGGUUCGUAAGAACCCGUUGAUUGAAAUCAUCCCGAUCAAUUCGGGUUGUUUGAACGCGUGCACUUACUGCAAAACCAAGUUUGCCCGGGCCGACUUGGUCAGCUAUCCGGUCGAGGAGAUCAUUGAGCGGGCAACCCAAGUAUUCCAGGAAGGAGUCUGCGAAAUCUGGCUAACGUCCGAAGACACCGGCACGUACGGUCGCGACAUUGGAUCCUCGCUCCCGGAACUGCUGUGGAAGCUGGUCGAAGUUAUACCGGACAACUGCCGACUCCGACUAGGCAUGACCAAUCCACCCUACAUCCUGGAACAUCUCGACGAAAUGGCCAAGAUUCUGGCGCACCCGAAAGUCUACGGCUUCCUGCACGUCCCCGUCCAGAGUGGAUCCGACUCGGUGCUGGGUGAAAUGAAGCGCGAGUACUGCCGAGCUGAUUUCGAACGCAUCUGCGACUUUCUAAAGCAAAAGGUGCCCGGAAUAACCAUAGCCACGGACAUCAUCUGCGGAUUCCCCACGGAAACCGAGGCCGACUUCGAGCACACCAUGUCCCUGUGCGCCAAGUACGAAUUCCCCAGCCUGUUCAUCAACCAGUUCUACCCGCGACCCGGAACCCCGGCAGCCAAAAUGCAACGAAUCCCGCCCGAUCAGGUGAAAACGCGAACCAAGCGUUUGACGGACCUGUUCUACGGCUACGAACCGUACGCCAAAAAGUACACAAUCGGCGACCGACAAACCGUGCUCGUCACGGAGAUAUCCCACGACAAGAAGCACUACGUCGGUCACAACAAAUUCUACGAGCAGAUCUUGCUUCCCAUGGACAAGCCACUGCUGGGCAAGCUGGUUGAGGUGCGCAUCGCCAAGAUAACCAAGUUCAGCAUGAUCGCCGAGAUUGCCCAGGGCGAGAAGGAAUGGGUCAACUGUACGACGCUGUCCAACGGGGAAACGACCCUGACCAGCCAGGGGGACACGGUGAUGGUGGUGCAGAAGCAGUCACCGGUGUCGAUGUUCGUGCUGAUGGCGGCGAUAGCGUGUCUGCUGGCGAUUGCUUACAGGUUUUAUCUCAAGUUAUAACACGUGUUUUUAAAGUGAGAGAUGUGAAUAAAAAUGAACCGAUGGACGGA